AUGUCGCGUGCCGCAACCGUGCCGUUCGACGCCGAGGCGUUUGCGCCGAAGAGGAGCGGCUAUGACACGGUCUACUUGGCAGCGGCCGACCGCUGGGGCAACGCAUGCUCUUUCAUCAACUCCAACUACCAGGGCUUCGGCUCUUGCAUCGUGCCCGAGGGCUGUGGCUUCACCCUGCAGAACCGAGGGCAGAACUUCAUCGUCCGGGAGGGCCACCCCAAUUGCGUCGGGCCGCGCAAGUUCUGCUACCACACCAUUAUCCCCGGCCUCGUCACCUGGGAGCCUUCGGGCCAGCUCUUUGGCACGCUGGGCGUCAUGGGAGGAUUCAUGCAGCCGCAGGGCCACCUGCAGGUGCUCGCUGGCAUGGUCGACUACGGUUUGGACCCCCAGGCCGCCUUGGACCAGCCGCGAUUUUGCUUGCAAGGUGUGGAUAGCGCACUCGGCCCGGAGACGGCAGAGUCAUCGAUCCUUCUUUUGGAGGAAGGCGUGCCCAAGGAAACGCAGGAGGAGCUGCAACGCAUGGGCCAUCCCUGCAAGCCCGUGUCUGGUUGGGCGCGGCACGUCUUUGGCCGGGGUCAAGUCAUCUGCCGCGACCCAAACACCGGCGUCCUCUCCGGGGGCACGGAGCCUCGCGCCGACGGGGCCGUGCUGGCCUGGUAG